CUCGGUCCGGUGCUACCCUUAUACGGCGUCGUUUAAGCCUUUGCCUUCGCCCCUCUUGUCUCUUGCCGGUUACUAAUAAACCAAAUCUUUCUCUCUCUCUCUCUCUCUCUCAGUUCGUUCUUCGUGCUUCUUAUACACUGAGUUGACUCAGUCAUUGCUACUCGCUCUCUCUGUACUGUUCUUCAGCUACUCUUCGCAUUUUCUCCGUUCUGUCGUUCUCUCUUCCUUUGGUACUCUCUCUCUCUCUCGGCUUAAAUUUAGCACGUGCUUGUGAUCCGCACGGACAACGCCAUUGAAUUCUGUGUCCUUUUGAUUUUAUGACGCUCCUGAAAUCGAAUUUGUCUCAGACUCAAGCUCACAGGAAUGUCUGAGAGCGCCUUGAAGGAUCUCAAUACAAUUCCUCCAACUGAGAGGAAGAGUGAGAGCUCCAGCAAGGCAUCUCUAACUAAGCCUCCAGUUGACAAUGCUAAUGAAAACCUUGAAGAAUGGCAGAAGAAAAAGAGUUGUCCCACCUUGGUUUCUCCCCCAGUAAAUGGUAAUCAAACUGUGAGUGUCAGUUCUGGUGUUGAGAUUGGAAAUGCGGAAGUAGAAUACAUCGAAUCUGAGAACUUGAGUGAUCUGGAAGAUAUUGGCACUUGUCUCAAGAACCUCUUAUCUGGACUUGACUCAAAGGAUUGGGUCAUGGUUUGUGAUGCACUCAAUAAUGUACGCCGUUUAUCCUUAUUUCAUAAGGAAGCAAUGCUUGACAUGUUGGGGGAUGUGAUCACAUUUGUUGCUAAGUCCCUUAAAAGUCCUAGAAGUGCUGUUUGCAAAACUGCUAUCAUGACGUCUGCAGACAUUUUCAGUGCAUACAACGAUCUUAUAAUAGAUUCAUUAGAUCCUUUGCUAGUACAGCUUCUUCUCAAAUCUUCACAGGACAAGCGCUUUGUGUGUGAGGCAGCUGAAAAAGCCUUGAUAGCAAUGACUAUUUGGAUUUCCCCAGUGGCUUUGUUACCGAAACUCCAACCAUAUCUUAAGAAUAGGAAUCCUCGUAUUCGUGCAAAGGCAGCAAUGUGUUUUUCUCGAAGUGUUCCACGACUGGGUGCAGAAGGCAUAAAGACAUAUGGUAUUGACAAGUUGAUCCAAGUAGCUGCAUCUCAGUUAAGUGACCAGCUACCAGAGUCUAGGGAAGCCGCUCGAACUCUACUUCUUGAGCUUCAAAAUGUAUAUGAGAAAUUUCAUGAUCUCAUGCCUGCUGCUACUGUUUCCGAGCAACCAGAAAUGGGAUCUUGGGAGAACUUCUGUCAAUCAAAACUCUCACCUUUAAGUGCUCAAGCUGUACUUCGAGUUACCAACAUUGCUCGAGAGGGUCUUGUUUCAUGACACCUGCAUGAGCUUAGUGUGCAUCACGAUUUCCUGGUUGGCUUGUCAUUUUUCUUGUGUAAAUACAGUGCGACAUUGAGAUUUGAGUUGCUGUUGGAAGCACGUAUUGAGCCUAAGAUUUGUUAUGUAAUUCUUUACCUAGCGGUGGUUACGUUACGUAUUUCACGUUUAUUGCUAUAUGAUAGAUAUGAGUUACAUUACUUCCAUGUCCAAUUCUCCAUGUACCCUCUUUAGAAUUUGGUUAUCAAAUUCACCAUUCAGUGUGAAUAUCUGGGCCUGAGGACCCAAGUCUUUGUUUUCUCAGAUUUUCCUGUCAUGGUGUUACGAGA